GUGCGACGACGCUUUGUUCAGGACACAUUGAUCGUCGCUUGCACCUCACCGGCCUUGCGCUCCCCGACACUCGCCCAUCACCACGCACGCGACUGCGAAUACUCCUGUCAUCUUCCCUCGAUUGCACACCGUGCCAUAACACUCCCCGAGCUCCUCCACCGAUCUGAGUACGUAAAUUCCAGAUAUGGACCAGGCGCCAGCCAAAGAGGUAGUCGUGGAGAAGGCGGCCAAAUGCGAGGGCAGCGACUGCGAGAAUGACGCUGGGACACUCCAGUGUCCGACGUGCCAGAAGCUAGGCAAAACCGCAUUCUUCUGCAGUCAAGAUUGCUUCAAGAGGAACUGGGCAGAACACAAGAAGCUCCAUAAGGCUCAAAACAAUGGUCACUUCAACCCCUUUCCUUCGUACGCAUUCACCGGCACUUUGAGACCCGUCUACCCUCUAUCGGAGAAGCGAACGAUACCGGCGAAAAUACCCCAUCCGGACUAUGCUCACAAUGGCAUACCAAAGAGCGAACAGGUUUUCGUUGGACGCAACAAGAUCAAGAUUCUCACGAAGAAGGAGCAGGAUGGGAUGCGUAAAGUAUGCCGCUUAGCAAGAGAAGUUCUGGACAUCGCAGCACGCGCAGCCAAGCCGGGCGUGACGACCGACCACAUCGACAAAAUCGUCCACGACGCCUGCGUGGAACGCAAUUCCUACCCAUCACCUUUGAACUACUGCCAUUUCCCGAAGUCAGUCUGCACAUCACCGAACGAGGUUAUCUGCCACGGAAUCCCAGAUCAGCGACCUUUGCAAGACGGCGACAUUCUCAACAUCGAUGUGACAUUAUAUCACGAAGGCUUCCAUGGCGACUUGAACGAGACCUACUAUAUCGGAGACUCGGCAUUCCAGAACCCAGACAAUGUCCGUGUUGUGGAGGCUGCGAGAGACUGUCUGGACGCUUCAAUUGCGCUCGUCAAGCCUGGCGCACUUUUCCGGGACUAUGGUAAUACUAUUGAGAAGAUUGCAAAGACCAGGAACUGCCAAGUCGUUAAGACAUACUGUGGGCAUGGCAUCAAUCAGCUGUUCCACACUGCGCCCAACGUGCCACACUACGCGAAGAACAAGGCGAUUGGUGAAGCUAAACCAGGCAUGUGCUUUACCAUCGAGCCCAUGAUCACGCUUGGGAGCUACAAGGACAAGACGUGGCCGGAUGACUGGACAAGUGUCACAGUUGAUGGCAAGAAGACAGCACAGUUCGAGCAUACCCUGCUUGUAACUGAAGACGGCGUAGAGAUCUUGACCGCGAGACUGGAAGAUAGCCCGGGUGGAAAGGUGGCUAUGCCAGCUGGGUAUCUCGCCGACGGCUCUAAAGCUCCGGAAGCCAAUGGCAGUACAAAUAGUAACGAGCACGCUUGAGGAUGCAGAGAUUGGUGUUCCUAGCCGAACUCCCUAGGAUGACUGUCUCGAAGUUAAAGCACAAGCAGAUCACCUUACCUAGUGAUCAAGUGAUUACAGCGUGCUCAGCCAGAACAGAAAAUGGUGCUCACAAUGACAUUGCUUGUAGAUACCAUAUAUGUACCGUCUCACGGUACUGUGGAGGCGGUAGAGGAUCAGGUAGCUGAAGCGAUGGUCGUGCCUUCCUCGCGACACUCCGGUUCCACUUUUAACGGCCGCACUUUUCAGCACUUCCACAUCAAGUGUGCAAAUGGAAGCACCCUACCUGUCCGUCCCU